AUGAAGGUACUAAUCUGCCUCGUCAGUUGCUUACUUUAUCGAUAUGUGACGUCCGAAAUAAGAGGCAGUGUGAUGGUCAACAAACUUCUCAAGGUAAAACCAGUAGGCAGCGAUAUAAAAAGCCGCUUCGUUCCCCUAACGGAGUUUCCACCACCCUACCUCCAUGGAAAAUCCGGUCGGCGGCAUUUGGAAGACAUUUGUAAUAAGAAGCCAGAAGGAAUAGAAGUGCACGACGGACCCCGAGUUGAAAUUUUUGGCGAUUAUUACGAUGAUGGAGGGGCAAAGACCGUAGCUACGGUGAUUAUACCAGAUCACAUUGAUCACAAGCAUUACCAAGUGACAACACAAGUACCCUAUUUUACGGUCGGUCACAUUGAAGCUCUUGGCUACCACCCAAGCACGAUCAAAGGUGAGCAACCCAGCGAAUGUGAAAAGAUUUAUCAGGAUCAUCUAGAAACCCUGUACUCCGAUGAAUCGCCGGAAUACUCUGAAGAGUCAUUGGAGAUGGCGAGGAUGCCGCUAUUCCCUGAAGGUAAACCGCCAGAGUCUGCUGAAAAGCGACUGGAAAACAUUUACAGCGAUUUGGAGUAA